UAUCUUUAUUUCCUUCUUUUACGAAUCUUUUCAUCAAAACGUACCGGCAAAAUACUAGUCAGAACAAACUAAAAAACACGUUGCUGAGAGGUAUGUUUUCUUAUUAUUAGUAGUUUUGCCAUUUUUUAAAACUGUCUCAAUUUUUCCUGUUUCGUGUUUGUUUAAAUUUCCCAUAAUUAUUUACUUUCCAAAAAUAUCAACACACGAACUAUUUAUUGAGACAAGGCUCUGUUUCCAUGAUUUCCGUUGGAAAAUGGGUCGACAGUUUUUCCUUUUUGUAACUGUUUAACUACUGCAUGUCUGGGUUGUUUUGGUUGUAAAACCAUAACAUAUAAACAAGCAGGCAAGAAUCAAGGAGGCAACUAAAAUUUUAAAAGGUCAAAAUUUUGUUGUCAAUGUAUGUAUGAAGUGCACAUGUGAGAGAUAAACUAGUUACUUAAUCCAUUUUGGGUUUUACUGUAGAAUUAUUGCUAGUUCUUUAUUGUGCUAACCAACUGGACCGUUUUUUUUGUAAUGGGGGAACGAAGUGAUAACUAAACAAAAUGAGGCAGGUACAUUUGUCGGCUAAUGAAUGUCAAUGAAAAACUUCCACAAACAAACAACCUGUAUCCAGUGUAUAUUGCGAUCUUUUUGACAAAAGUUACAUUUAACGUCUGUACUUAUAAGUACUUUGAGUUUAACUGCAUAUUUGCAUGUUAUGGUUUCUAAAUACUUCAGAGCAUGCGAGUUAGCCAUAGAAAUCGACUCAAAGAAAAUCAUGUUGACUGAAAUUCAAAGUAGAGUGAGAGAACUAACAUUCACUGGUCUGAAGUGUUGCAUACAUCAAGACGGCUGGUUUAUUAUCAAACGAGUUUUAUUUCAUCGGAUGAGGAGCUCCAACUUGAUCUCAACGAGGGGCGGGGUUGAGUUAAGCGGGGUAUACUAUAGCAGUAUUUUGCUGGGGUCAACCUGCGUCCCAUCCACGGGUAUAUAUAGCUUGACCUGCUAAAAAACAAACAAACAAAAACAAAAGAAAACAAAAAAAACAACCUUACCUGAAGAUCCGUCAUUAUGCCCUUUCCUCACUUGAUUUCAGGGACUGGGCAAGGACGAACGGAUUCUCCAAAGGAGAUUGUCUUCAAACGCGAAAAAUGUUGCAAAUCGAGAGUAUUUUCAUUCAUGUCAUAUAGUGGAGUACUCCACAUGAUAUAAGGACAAUGGGAUUUAUUUCUAUACACUGACCCUGAUUUUUUUCUUUUUUAUUUAUUCGCGUUCCUUGCUCUUUCAGGUAGUAAGCCUGUAAGCCCAGGUCAUGUAAGCCUGCACAAAACGUCCCUUGCGAUUUAACCCAGGCUUACAUGAAGGAGUACCCGCUCUUUCCUUCUCCUCCUUUCAUCCUCUUGCACUCUACGUCUUUUUUGUUUGUUUUGUUUUGUUUUUUUUUUUCAUAUUUGUUAAAUUGUUUUGACAUUUGUCCCCCAGGCUUUUGAAGAGAGGCUACUCAGGCAUGUCAGGAUGGGCAGUGUGUCUCUCAAGCAUAUUUUUGUUUUCAAUCAUUCUUCAAGGGGAAGGAAGCCCAUUUCCGAAAGACAAAUUUGGAGUGGAAAGGGGUAACAAUAAUGAUUUUAAUCGUUUUAAAAACCAACGCAAUACAGAGACACGCUAUUUCUUAAUAUAUGUAUACAACACCUGUUUUUCUAUUUUUAGAAUCCUGCUUUUGCCAAGGGUAAAAAAAAACAUCAUGAUAUAAAAAUACCUUGUCGUCUUGACAAACAUAUGACAAGACGAAAAUAAAUGUAAAAAAAAGAUGAUGUUUGCAUUGAUUAGUACACGCCAGAAUAUAUAAACUUCGAGAAACUAUCCAUUCAGCCCUAGUUUGGAUGUAUACAUACACAAUUCAUGUAAUCUCCCAGAAAUACUACAACGGCAUUCCAUAUCAGGAGAUGAUAAUGUAUGAUCAAUUUUGCAGAUAAACACAGCUUAACGAAGAGACAGUAUCCGUAUUAUCAACGAGCCCCAAUGCUUCGUGCCUAUGCCGACCCAUAUCAAAGGAGUAGAGUGUCUCGUAAGCGACCUCCUCGUGUAGGCAAGAAAGGUAAUUCGCUGUUAACAUAAUUCGGAUAGUCUGUUACAUAUCUUCACGUACAAGCUCACGUUUCAUGAUCUGUUCGAUUUUUAAGGAAAUUGCCGAACAAUCUGCCAGCACAGAUGUACUCCUGACUGUGAUUUCCGUUGCUGCGUAGCACCAUCUCAACCCAUUCAGAUUCCACAUCCCCUGCCCCGCCCCGCUGUACCGGUGGAGUCCUGUGCGUCGUACUGUCCCAGUUCCUGUUUUCCUGAAUGUCGUCCUAGCUGCUGUAAGCCACAACAAGUCUCCAUUCCAACAAUGUCAUCAAUGCCAGCACCAUUUAUGCCUCCUCCUCCUCCCCCUCCCCCUCCACCCUGUCCAACCAACUGCCCCUCGUCUUGCUACCCUCAGUGCUCUCCGUCAUGUUGUAAAGCGUCGCCUGGGUUAGCGCCCCUUUUACCUCAGGGCCAGUGCCCUCAUCCCGGAUGUGCGAAAGCAUGCUAUCCAAAAUGCGCACCUAUAUGCUGUUCUUCUACUAUCGCCCCUCAAGUUCCUGCUUAUCCGCUAUUACCUCGAUUCCCUUCUGUUCUUUCUCCUCCAUCCCCACCUCCGAUAGUUAUCCCAGUUCCGCUUCCGGUUCCACAGUGUCCCGCUCCUUGCGCACCUUCAUGUCUCCCAGCUUGCACCCCUCAGUGCUGCGCAGUCACCCAGCCACUAUCACAACCACAGGCACUACCCCCUCCCAUAAUAAUUCUGGAGCCCCUUCUCCCACUCCUGUUUUAA